AUGGGCGAGUGUGUCCGCACGGGGCCACGGAGCUGCUCCUUCGGGGACGUGCAGAUGUUCUCCCUCGCGCCCUACGUGGUGAACGUGACGGCCAUGAACCCCCUGGGCACUGCCUCCCGGCUCCUGCCCUUCCUCCUGGAGAACAUCAUAAAGCCAGACCCCCCUGAGAACCUGCGGGUCUCCCCCAUCCCUGGGGAGCCCAAGAAGCUGCUGCUGGAGUGGAGCCCACCGGGGUCCUGGCCCUUCCCGGAGUACUUCCCGCUGAAGUAUCGUAUCCGCUACCCACGGGUGCCCCUAACCCCGCUCCACCCCCAGAUCGGGCCCUACGAGCAGACAUCUUACACCCUGACGGGCGUGCGACCCAGAACCCUCCACCACAUCCAGGUGGCUGCCAAGGACUUCACGGACUCUGGGGAAUUCAGCGACUGGAGCCUCCCGGCCUCGGGGACGCCCUGGACGGGGCCAUGA